ACCCCACGUGUUCAGCCUGGAGUGACCUCGGGAGGCCAUCUGCGGGCUCCCCCCUUGAGAUCCAAGGAGAGCUGGAUGUUGGCAGGGAAGGGCUAUGGCUGUGCCCCUGGAAGUUUCUGUCUUGGUCCUACAAUAUGACUAGGAUGCCUUUUGUGUCGACAGGACAUGUAGGCACAUGGCAGGUGCUCAUGUAUACAAGGGUCACUACACACGGCUGCGCACACGCUCAGCGCCCUGCUCUCUGGGCUGAACGGGCUCCUUUAAGCUCAACGCCAUCCCCACCACCACGGCGAGGCACUCUGCUUAGGAGGCAGGUUGCAGACACUCACCAAAUCCUAGAAUUUCGUUGUUGGCAAGAAACCUGGAAAACUGAGUCCUGACAUCUCUUAUAUAUGAGGAAUCAAAAACCCAGAGAAAUGAAAGGACUUGCCCAAGACCAUAAUACUCGUUCCAGGGUGACUGACCCCGUUCCUCCUUCACAAAGCUGCACAACCCCAUUUCUGAACAUCUAAUAACCUCAACAUGGAAAGUGCCUCGACAUCGGAAACCAGCUCUCCUCUCUCCAAAGAAACAUCAGGGGAGCAUUCGGACCACCAGGCUGCACACCAGCCAUUCCCCAGGCAGCAAUUCCAGCAAGAGGCUGGGCCCCCUUCAUUGCAAAGAGAUGGCCCCAGAUCCUUUCUCCUUGAUCUACCAAACUUUCCAGAUCUUUCCAAAGCUGAUAUCAAUGGGCAGAAUCCAAAUAUCCAGGUCACCAUAGAGGUGGUGGACGGUCCUGACUCUGAAGCAGAUAAAGAUCAGCAUCCGGAGAAUAAGCCCAGCUGGUCAGUCCCAUCCCCCGACUGGCAGGCCUGGUGGCAGAGGUCCUUGUCCUUGGCAAGGGCCAACGGCGGGGACCAGGACUACAAGUACGACAGUACCUCAGACGACAGCAACUUCCUCAACCCCCCUGGGGGGUGGGACCGUCCGGCCCCAGGCCACCGGACUUUUGAAUCCACAGAGCAGCCAGAAUAUGAUUCCACAGACGGUGAGGGAGACUGGAGUCUCUGGUCUGUUUGCAGCGUCACCUGUGGGAACGGCAACCAGAAACGGACCAGGUCUUGUGGCUACGCGUGCACUGCAACCGAAUCUAGGACGUGUGACCGUCCAAACUGCCCAGGAAUCGAAGACACCUUCAGGACAGCUGCCACCGAAGUGAGUCUGCUUGCGGGAAGUGAAGAGUUUAAUGCCACCAAACUGUUCGAAGUUGACACGGACAGCUGUGAGCGCUGGAUGAGCUGCAAGAGCGAGUUCCUAAAGAAGUACAUGCACAAGGUGAUCACGACCUGCCCAGCUUGCCCCUGCUCCUACCCCACCGAGGUGGCCUACAGCACGGCCGACAUCUUCGACCGCAUCAAGCGCAAGGACUUCCGCUGGAAGGAUGCCAGCGGGCCCAAGGAGAAGCUGGAGAUCUACAAGCCCACGGCCCGGUACUGCAUUCGCUCCAUGCUGUCCCUGGAGAGCACCACACUGGCCGCCCAGCACUGUUGCUAUGGCGACAACAUGCAGCUCAUCACCAGGGGCAAAGGGGCGGGGACACCCAAUCUCAUCAGCACUGAGUUCUCAGCGGAGCUCCACUACAAAGUGGACAUCCUGCCCUGGAUUAUCUGCAAGGGCGACUGGAGCAGGUAUAAUGAGGCCCGGCCUCCCAACAACGGACAGAAGUGCACAGAGAGCCCCUCGGACGAAGAUUAUAUCAAGCAGUUUCAAGAGGCCAGAGAGUAUUAAAGAGACACCACCUCUGUUGUUCAUGACACAAACACACUGCACUGAUCCGCCACCUGGCACAGAGUCCCUCUUACCCGCAUACAUGUAUAUGUACAUAUACCAUGUGAGUAUUUGUCAUAAGUUACACUAGGGGUGUGCGCCAGGCCCUUGUGACUGCCAUCUGAAGCCACCGUUGCCUCUUCAAUGCCAACGGCUUCCUUGGAACUCUUCCUAGGGGGGAUGUCCUCAGGAGGAUGGGGAGAAAGAAGCUGGAAGAAGAAUCUGGAGGUCAUAGCAGGUGGGAUUCAACUCACACCCCGGAUCCAGCGUUUCCGAGAGAAGCAAAGGGGCAAAGAGAACAAAGUUGUAAACGUGAUAAGCAGUUUUUAUAUAUAACUUAUUUAAUAUGAAUGUGACUUAUACGUCGCCUUUUCUCUGGAGUUGUCAUCGUGAAACUAUUUAAUCACUUCCGUGAGAGUUCAGAAAGGGGCUUAGGGAGAUGGAAGAGAAAGGGAAUUUUGUAGUAAUGACUUCUUUAAAAAUAAAGAAUUCAACAGAAAGAUAUCAAAACAAGGAAACACCCACCUGAAACCAAGUGUUAGUUAGCCAGUGAGGUACCUUGAUGAAGUCUCAGCUUCCAAAAUGCCCUUGCCUCAGCCUGGGUAGGGAGUAGGGGGCAAAUGGGUAUUUUAGGAGAAAAUCUGAGGCCUGGUUUUAAAUGGACUUUAAAACAAAGGCCAAUAUUAACACAAUGCUAUGAUUCUACUAAAAGACCCCAGAAUAGAAUUUCUGCUCAUGCCUUAAUAGGUUCAGAAGGCUACAGGAAGGUCAGACAUAAAAACAAGGAGUAGCACUUUUCCAAAGAAAAAAUGCAAAACAAAUGGGGAGAAAUCAUGAACUUCAUUUCAUCUAUUUUAUUUUAAUACCAGCUUAACAAUUUUUUUCUCCACAAUAUAGUCUCAGUAAAUAAAUAUAAAAACAAGGAGAGGAACUCAAGUCUAGGAAAACCUAAUUUUUUUAUGUUUUAAGAAAGAAAAAAAAUACAUUAUUUUUGUAAAGUAUUUAUUGAGUCACUGAGUCUUGUGCAUCAAGCAAUUGUAAUAUGGCCUGGUUCUGUAGGGUGGAACUUAGGACAAAUAAAAAGUUGGUUCUUAUGCAAUCUUUACUUGCAAAACUCCAGGAAAAGAGAUUACAUAAUAAAAUCAUAAUAAAAUGUGUUACCUACAGUAAAUGUGUUACCUGCAAAUAUUUAUGAUACGAAUUCCAUAAAUAGCCCUGGUAAAGCAGGGCUUCAAGGCAGGGGAGAGGAAGGUUCAAACCAGGUAGAAUAAAAGGCUCAUUGAUUGAUGUGAUGGUGGGUGGUAUAAGUCAUAGCAUCUUUGGCACCAAGAAUAUCAACCCUGCCCCCAGGAGGCUAGAGCUCAUUGAUACACAUGCAACUUUUUGCCCACCCAGAGCUAAGAAAGAGCUAAGAAAUCCAAGCCAGAGCAAAGGCUUAAGACAGCCCAGGUGAGUGGGACUGCUUCCAGACAAAAUUCUGCAAUUUCAGUAAUAAGUAGAACUCCUCAUUGUGCAAAUUAUUCCAUUUCCAGAUGAGGAAACCAAAGCUCAGAAAAAAAUAGAUCACAUUGGAUCUAUCCUUCAUUUCCUAGUCCAGUGCUCUAUCUACUCUAUCAGCCUACCCUUAGGUUCUCAUAAUAAAAUCUUGUUUUUUAUUUAUCCACUAGUUUUUACAGUGGAUCUGGCUUUAGCUCUAUAUAGUCUGCUCAGUUCUCUUGUAUUCCAUAAGAGGAUUUGAAUCCUGUAUCUGAGCCCUUGCUCAGGUUGGCUGAGUAGCAGAGCCUAACUUUCUAGAAGAUAGCCUGCUCCAUGGAUAAGAAUUUUAUGGAAAAAUUUUAUGGAAAAAAAGAUUUUAUGGAAAAUCUCUUAUCAGUCAUUUACACUUUAGAAUGAGUUAUCCAUGUAUUGCCCACUCUCAGGAUAUUUAUAUUUAAGACCUAUUUCUAACUAUGGAAUGAGAAUCCUUAUUCACACCUGAAGGAAGUUUAGGCAACUGAACUGGUAGGGAGAAAAUCAGUAGGUCCGUGUAUCAGGGAAGCAGAUUUGGUUCCUAAUAAUAGGAAAACCAUUUUUGCCAAGAGAGUUGGUUGCAAUGGAAUGCAUUGCCUUUGGGAUGGUGAGUACCCUGUCAGGACAGGUAUUCAAGCAGAGCUGGAGAUGAAUCACAUGAGAAGCUCAUUUUAGUGAGCAGGAGAGACAAAAAUGUACAGCAAUAACCCCCUCUGAUAAGUGUUCUAUAAAGGGUAAGUGGAAAGUACUCUGGGAAAAUAGAGGCAGGAAUCAGGGAAGUACCUGCUAGACCUAAUGGAGGAGUGGUAUUUCAUAGAGCAGAGAAGAGGGAGGGGCAAGUAGAUGCAUUGGAGUAAGAAAAACAGUAUGGGCAAAAGGCAAGGAACUACGCAAGAGGCUUGGUGUUUUCCAAAAAACUGGGAUGUUUACAGUGAUGAGCCAGAGGGACAAGAAUGGCAAGUUACGGAGUUCUGUCUAAGGUGUUUUUGUUAAGGAUUUAGCAUGGAAAUUAAAGCUGUUUUCCUAAUACAGUGAGAAUUGACUGAUAUGAGCCAUGUUUUCCAAUAUGGCUAUUUGCCUCUUUAUAUAAGACCUUCCUGACAUAACUGAGCAGUUGGAAGGUGGGGUGAAUUGGGAGCUGGAGAGGCUCCUGGGCUCUUGGCCUACUGAGAACACCGCUAGUUUCCCUUCCAUCAUCCAGAUGGUGCCACCCCUCCGGAAAUUUGCUGAACUAUAACCUGCCUCUAUGCAGAUGUAUCUCAUUUACUAUAGGGCCCCAAGCCAGCCCCAGGGUAACCCUGGGUAAUUCCUUCAUGGAAAGGGGAUCAUGUGAGCAAGGGCCAACUUUGCCCACCGCAGAGUAGGCUGUCUGCCCCCUCACCUGCAGCACCUGUUUAUAGGACCCCUCAGCAGCUGCUCUACAGACGCCUCUCAUCGAAUGCUUUGCUCCUUUGCUGCUCUGUGGAAAGAGAUCCCUUUUUCUAGUGACCCACUGGGCCUCUCAGGUGCCACGUCUGAGCAAGCCAAUAGUGGCAGACAGAGAAGCCAAGGCCCUCUAGUGGCCACACAUGGGAAGGAUGAGAGCAGGGCCCCAGAAGAGCUGGGCAUCCUCCUCACCCCAUUCAAUUAUUAUCCACAAUGAUUGGUCUCCAAGCCUGUCCAUCUUUGAAGCUCAGUGGCCAGGGGGUAGAUUUCCCCACCCUAAGACCAGGGAGCAAGGAUCAAAGAAUAGGUAUGAUACCAGCCACCCUUCCUGAGCACACACGUUGUGCCUCUGUGCUAAUCACUUUACCGUGGGAGGCAAGCAAGUUACAUCCAUUUUACAGAUAAGGCAAAAGAAGCCCAACAAGGUCUUCUAACCUGCCCAAGUCAUAAGGCUCUGUACAUGGCAAAGCUGGUUGAAGACCGUGUUCUUAACCUUACCCUCUACUCAACUCUCUUCCUAACUCUUCCCAACACACAGGAUCAGGAUUUUGCCUCCGACUCACUCUGCCUUUGCUCCAAUUGUUCACAUCCACCAAAUGUCCCUGCACCACCCUUUACGUGUCUCGCAUUGGUGACAGUGGAUCUGGCUUUAGCUCUAUAUAGUCUGCUCAGUUCUCUCGUAUUCCAUAAGAGGAUUUGAAUCCUGUAUCUGGGCCCUUGCUCAGGUUGGCUGAGUAGCAGAGCCUAACUUUCUAGAAGAUAGCCUGCUCCAUGGUUAAGAAUGAGACUGGUCUGUUUUCCCUGCUGCACUCAAGCCCCAUGUGAACUGUCACCUGUUGGGUCGACCUGAAGGGCAGGUGCCAUGUCUCAUGCUUUCUACACCCCCAGCCCCUAGCUCUGUACCUGGCAGAUGUCAUCAGGCAAGGUACAGAGGGCGGAAGAAUUUGAGGGUUGAGUCAGACUGCCUAGAUUCCAAUCGUGGCUCCCUCAGUUGCCUGCUGGGUACCACUGGAUAAGUUAAUCAGCCUGCGUAUAUUCCAGUUUCCCCAUACAGUAGUUCAGAGAAUAAAAUAAGAGAUAUGAAGUUCCUAGCAUAGGGCCUGUCAUGUAUCAUGUGCGUCGGUGUUGAGUCAUUGGAGAAAUAUUUAUUGAGCGUAUACUUGUUGCCAGGCAUUGUUCUAGAUGCCAGAGACACAGCAGUGUACAAAUCCAAGUUUUCCUGGUGGAGGGGAGACGGCUGAUAAAUAAAUAAG